GGCACAUUCAGCUCUUGAGCCCACCAGGAAAGAAAGAGAGCUCCAUCUGCCCUCCAGGAACAGCCAUGAAGUUCUUCUCAAUUGCCUCCUUGGGGCUGCUCCUAGUGGUGGCUACUGCCUUCCCUGCCUCAGAACUUCAGAGAGAAGAUGGAGAGAAUAGUGUUACUCGAAAUAAACCAACACGUGCCUCUUCUGGAAAAACCGCAGGACAGAUUUCCUACCUCAUCAAGGAAGUCUUCGAAAUGAGAAAAGAGCUGUGCAAGAAUGAUGAGACCUGUAUCAAGAGCCAUGUGGCAGUGUCCGAAAACAAUCUGAACCUUCCAAAGAUGACUGAAAAAGAUGGAUGCUUCCAAACUGGAUACAAUCGGGACAACUGCCUUGUGCGAAUCACCUCUGGGCUUCUGGAGUUUCAGGUCUACCUGAGGUACAUCCGGAACAAGUUUCAGGAAGGCAAUAAUAGGGACAGAGCUGAACAUGUGCAGUUCAGUUCCAAAGCCCUGAUUGAGAUCCUGAAACAAGAGGUGAAGGAUCCCAAUAAAAUAGUCUUCCCUAGCCCAACUGCAAAUAUCAACCUAUUGGCAAAACUGGAGUCACAGAAUGAUUGGCAGAAGGUCAUGACCAUGCAACUCAUCUUGAGCAACUUUGAGGAUUUCCUGCAGUUCACCCUGAGAGCUGUUCGGAAAGCAUAGUGGGCAUCUAAGCUUAUUGGUUCAUGGGCAUUGCUUCCUAUGGUCAGAAAACAUGUCCUGUCCACUGGGUACCUACCUUAUCUUGUUCUCUACGAAGAACUGACAGUAUGAGCGUUAGGACACUAUUUUAAUCUUAAUUUAUUGAUAAUUUAAAUAUGAGAUUUGAGU